AUGAUUAUAAUUGUUCAAAAUUGGUAGGCAAUUGAGUUGAAUGGUUUUAUUAUUGUUCAUAAAUUCCUUAAAUUGGCGAAUAUAAUGAAGGGGAAAAAGUAGGAAGAAAAUCAGAAUAGGAGCAAGAAUGUUUUUAAAGAUGUAAUAUUAGAAUAUAAAUUAAGUGA